AGUAUGACUGAAGGAACUGUGUCGGAGUCUGACAGUGCUGAUUCAGAAAGGACACGAACUUGCGAUGACUUUCUCAAAGACUCCCUUUGGCCUUUUUUUCUUUCUUGCUAUGGCCGUUUUGUCUGUAACCGUCGUUUUGAAAAAAUGGCACUUUGGUCUGCGUGAGGAGGCUUUUGGUGAUGAUGCUCCAGAGCGCAACAGACUGCUCCAACAACUCCAGGAAAGGCACCAAGAACUUAAGCAACUUUACGUCACAGCAUCUGAAUUUAUGAAUUCACAUUUAUCUGUAAAUGACAGUGUAUAUUAUAUUAAUGGGGAAAUGAGUGCUGGCAACACGGUAACUAAUGAAACGGAAAUUGGUUGCGAAGAACUUGCUGGCAUGAAAGCUGUGGACUUCCUUGGUUCUGGUUACACUAAAACAGUGUUAAAAGUAGCGUUGCCUCAAGGAUUGUUCGUCGCCCUGAAAUCUGUGAAUCAUCAAGGCACUGACAUGAGGAUGUGCAUGCAAUAUUUUAAAGAUUCCCAGAACUGUCAUAAACUCGUGUCUUUCAAACUGAGGAAAGAGAUUAUACUGUUGCAGAGAUUGCAGCACCCCAAUAUUGUACAGCUGAAAGGUCAAUGUCAGGACAGUGUUCUGGUUGGUGGCAUCACAGCAAUUCUGGAGCAAGGGAUGCCACUUCAGAUGAUACAGCUCCUGCAGAGCCCCUGGGAGGAGCGCUUUCGGGUCUGUCUUGGCUUAGUUAGACUUCUUCAGUAUCUGUCUCAAUCACCACUGGGUUCUGUGGCCCUGCUGGAUUUCCAGCCUCGACAGUUUGUUAUGGUGUCAGGAGAACUCAAGCUAACUGACUUGGAUGAUGCAAGUAUUAAAGAACCAGCCUGUAAAGAGGACUCUGACUGUGUGCUGCAGUUUCCCCUCCACAAUUUUACCCACCGAUGCUCGCCCUCUAGAAUCUGCAAAGGUUUAAAUGAGAUGAGGAACCUCUACAAUGCCUACAGGUAUUUUUUUACCUACCUACUGCCUCAUCAGGCCCCCCCACUGUUAAAACCACUUAUUCACCAAAUAAUGAACUCCACAGGGGGUUUGAAACAAAGCAUUAAUGAAACGCUUAUUGCCUUCGAAGAGGUUUUGCAUUUGUACCAGUCUGGGCAGCACCUGCAGAAUUUGCCACCAUUUAUAACCAGAGAUUAUGCUGUCCUAAAAGGAAUGAGGAGUGUUGGAAAUAUGGAAUACAGAUGCUGGCCAUCAUACAACCAGCAAGGCUGUGUGCUAUCUGUGCACAGUGCCAAAGAGGCAGCUCUCAUCUGUAGCUCUCACCCACAGUGCACAAGCUUCUCUUUGAGCAAAGAAAAAACAUGGACAGGUCGACUUCUUGCCUUGUUCAGAAGUGGCUUCAGCCAUCUGGUUCCAGAUGUGAACUCAGCAGUCUACAUGAGGAAGGUUAAAGCCUCGGGAGCCAUGCUUUGAGAAAGAAAAAUCGAGCGGAACUGGGGGGAAGGAGAAAAAUUAGAGACAAAUGAAUGUGUUAUAUUUAUAGGCAUCGUACUCAAUGCUCAUUUGAUCCCUCUGCCAAUUUAACAUGCUGCCAAAGAGCGUUUAAAAGAUUUCCCUUCAGGUAUAAUUAACCUGAAGGAAAAAAGUAGAAAGAAAAAUACAGCCUUCUAAUUUUUUUAUUUUCCUUCUGUCUCGUGUUCACAUGGCAUGGUCCACUGGAAGGACAUUGAGCCUAUUUUACACUGGCUAAUGCCUGCAGGAGAAAAAGAAAACAAGCUCGUUCACAGAUUUACUUUGAUGUUAAUGAGGCUAGAAGUUUGCAGCGUUUUGCUGGAUGCCAGAGUGUGCUGAGGACCGUGUCAAUAGACGGAAAAGUGCUGAAACCACAGAAGUGCAGGAAUGUUUAGUGGGAACUAUUGUCCUUCCUGCAUUACUCACUUUAUAUAUAUAUAUAGGAGUACUACAUACUUCCAUCCCAUGGGUGUGUCAGUCUUGUUGUUCUUUCAGAGAAAGAUAGUAGUGCCAAAAUAUGUUUUUAUAGUUUGUUUUUGUAUGUUAUUAUUGUUGAGGGCAGUAAGCGGUGCACACAGCAAUUAAGUUGUGCUGUUUGAUACAGCAGUCGCCUUGGGCAGUAUGGUUGUAGUAUAAUGCAAAACCAAUAGUCUUCACUGGUGUAAAUGUGUUAUUUAGCAGUCAACUAUGAUUAUUGUAUGCUAUGAGUGAAAGUGUCUGAUUAUAGUGACGCUACCAAGAUAAAGUGAAUAGUUUUCGGUAGGACAUGUGAUCUCAGCAACCCUGUCUCAUUACAAGUCGUCAUAAUUAGCAUGAGAUGAUGAAAUCAUAAGAUAUCUAACAAGUUGGCUCAUUCAAUAACGUAUGGCUUUUACUGCCAAAGAGAAAAACAAAUGACACAACGAACAAUUUUGUUACGAUAAGUGUGAUCAGUCUGAAAUGUAACCCCUAACCCAAACCUAAACCUAUCCAUGAUUUUAAUAAGAACAUAACUUUUGUACCAAGGAACACAGAUACCUUUGGCAUUUGUGAAAUACUUCAGCCAUUUGUAUUGCAUUAAUAAAUAAGGAAUGAGCAGCUAAAUUUGUUCCUUUCUUAGGACUAAAUAAAGUGUUGGAUAGGAGGCUAGCUAAAAUUUGUUGCUGGCAUUGUAUCUAUUUGAAAUGUGUUUAUUGACUGGUUGAUUUCAAUGAAAAAAUAAGUCAUACGGUGUCUUACAAUUUCGCCAUUUUAAAUGAAUAAUUACAAACUGUCAUGACUAUGUUGGAUCUCAACAUGGCAGCCUUCGUGAGGCGAC